AUGCAGAAGAUCAUUCGAAGGACAGCACUGGCGAGGAACCAGGCCCAAAGGAAGGCCAUUCGUGCAGCCAAAACCGCCGAGCGCGAAGAAUUGAAGGAUUCGUUGAGACAACGGUUCGCAUACAACCGCAUAGGACUCGAUGCCAUCCGAUCCGAGAGGCAACGACGCCGUGAGGAUUGGAUGCGAGGGCCUCUCGCGCCCCAGCGGGACGCUGGUUUUGAAGGGAAGACGUUCGGUGCGUUGUCACCGCAGGCAAUGAACCCACCAACCAUUCCCAAGCACCUACGCAGAAAGUACAUCAAUAUUGCCGCGGGUGACCGAGUGUGUAUCAUGAAGGGCAGAGACAAGGGCAAGAUCAACGAGGUCACCCGGGUGGAUGUGACAAAUGAAACUGUCACCGUCAAGGACCUCAAUGUGGCCGAUGUACAUUUCCCCGAAUGGCUGAACCAACAGUAUGGGAAUAAUACUCCCUUCCAAACGGUGAACCUGCCUCUCCCCAUCGACGACGUCCGACUGGUAGUUGCCCUCGAUGACCCGACCACAGGACAAACGCGAGAUGUCCUGGUGGAACACGUUUACGGCGGGGGUCCCAUACUGGAGCGAGUCUACGGCUCAGACACUCCUAAGCAUACCCGAUACAUUGCCGGCGAGGAUAUCGAGAUUCCAUGGCCUCGUAGUGAGCCGCCGGCAGCGAAGGAUGAGGAGUGGGACACUCUUCGAAUGGAAGUUGAAACCCCCACAUGGGUGCCAUCACUGCACAACGCGCCUUUCCCCCCAAAUGUCAUGGACGAACUCCGGAAUAAGUUCUCGAAAUAUCGAACGAGACAUGACCCUGAAUGGGUGGAAGCUAAGAAGAUGGAAGAGUACAGAAAGGAAUACCUUCAAAGCCGGUCUUUGCUGACACCUAAGGGAGAGCUCAUGGCCAGGAUCCAGGCUAAGAAGGAGGAGCGCUUGAACGCCAGACGAGAUGCUGAUGGCAAUUACCUCCUGGAUGAUCAGACGGUCGGAUUUAUCGAAAACUUCAUGAAAGAGAAAAAGGCUGCCAGGGGUUAA